CCUUUCUCUUGUGUAGAAUUUUGGCGCAAUAAUGCUACAGGCACACUGAUUUGUUGUUUUGUUUUUAAAUUUGCGUGCAAUUUUAAUAAUUUUUAUAAUUUAAUCGAAAUGGAGGCCAAACCAAGAAAAACCGAAGUAGUUGUUGAUGCUAUGUUCGGCCCACACCAGGAAACGGUUGCUCAAAUAAAGCAGGCCUACGAGGACGCCACAAAAACAAUUUUCGACGAUCUGAGUGCCGACGAUUUAUCGGCGUUCGUUAACAUACAAAAGGAAAACGGCGAUGCCUACGCCGACACCGAAGCUCUGGUGCCCAAAUUGCGCGAAAAGAUGACUGCCAUCAUGAUGAAAAUGCACCUUGGCUUCUUCCACAGCAAUGAUAUCGAAAACAAGUUGUUGGCCCUAGAAGUGCUCAAGGAUAAGUUUGCAGGUCAGGAGGGCAAGAAAUGGAAUGUCAAUGAAAUGACUCCUGAGGAGCUAACUCGUCCAUUACGCAUACAACUAAUGGACUCCAGCAUUCGCUAUCUGGAGCGGAAGAUAGAAACUCAACAACAGAAGCUCCAGAUUGCACUGGAAAAGAGCAAAGCGAACCGGGAACGUCUUCAAAAUAUACAAAACGAGCGCGUAAAACUUAAUGCCAUUAUGGAGCAGCAAUUGGCGGAGUUUAAGGAAAUAAAACCCCAAAUAUUAGACAUGCAAAAGUCUUUAAUUGAUUCCAUUAGCCGUCCAGAUUGUUAGCCAAAUAAACAGAGAAAUGUUUUGAA